AUGAGUCGUAGCAGCACCAGCAGCAGAGAGGAGAAGGCAGUAACAACUAUGCUGUGGGGCUGUGAGCUAAAUCAGGAGAAGCGAACUUGGACCUUCAAACCCCAGAUGGAGGGGAAGCAGGACUGUAAGCUGUUGCUUAGUACGAUUUGCCUGGGGGAGAAAGCCAAAGAGGAGAUGAAUCUCGUGGAAAUCCUGCCAGCGUAUCAGGAGGAUAAGAAGACGCAGCCCAUUACCAUCGCCUCUCUUCAGGCCUCCAUCCUACCCAUGGUCUCCAUAAUGGGACUGGAGCUUUCCCUGCCAGUUACUUUUCAGCUCCGGGCUGGCUCUGGACCCGUGUUCCUCAGUGGUCAGGAAUGUUACGAAACUUCAGACCUACCUUGGGAAGAGGAGGAGGAGGAAGAAGAGGAGGAGGAAGAAGAUAAUGAAGAUGAUGAUGACGAUGAAGAUGUGUCUCUGGAGGAGGAGACCCCUGUGAAACAAGUCAAGAGGCCAGCGCCCCAGAAGCAGAUGAGUGUUACUAAGAAAAAAAAGCUGGAAAAAGAAGAAGAGGCAGUGAGGUCCAGUGUUAAACACAAGAGCCCUGUGAGAAAGGCCAAACUCACACCGAGACCUAAAAAGCCUGGAUUCAAGAAGUGA